CGCCCCGCCAGGCGGCGAGCCAAUGGGAAGCGAGCAGAGGGCUUCCCCAGGUGUCUGAAGGAUCCGCCGGCCCGAGAAGCCCCAGCUUCUCUCGGUUUUUGGCUCUUCCUGGUGAUGGGAGAGGCUAAACGUGGCCCUCCAUGGCCCGCCACAGCAAGCUCCAGCUGCAAGUUCUAAGCCUGUACCGAAACUUCAUCCGAGCCGCCAAGGACAAGCCAGGCUUCCUGCCUCGGAUACGGGUCGAAUUCCGGAAGCAUGCCCAGAUCCCUCGGGCAGACGUCAUGCAUAUCGAAUACCUCCUUCGGCGUGGGCAGAGGCAGCUGGAGCAGCUCAGAGACGUCCACACCAAGCAGAUGGGCGUCUUCCUCAAAACGAAACAGGAGGAGCGGUGACUUAGAGAUGAAACCUGAUGGGUUACAGGAGGAGCCUCUUCUUCUCAAUGUUAGAAUUUCUCCAGCCUGCUGAUUUUCAGGGUGAUGUCCUGGCUCACUGGGAAGAAAUUCAGUGUGCUGUAGAGUCAGGCAUCCAUUUGGUGCAGUCAAGAAUACGGUUUCAGUGGCUGGCCCCCUCAGUUUAAAAAUAAAUAAGGGAUACACCUCCGUAUUUAACCUGUUUAAAAAUACUGGUGGAACUGUUUAGACUUGCCCCAAGGAACUCUGGGGAUUGCUGUUUUGAGUGGGUUCUGAGCGUUCUGUUUCAAGAUCCUAUUUGGAUCCUGAGCUUUCAGUAGCAACAAUGCCACGGUGUCCAUAUUUGACUAAGAACUUUAGGUGUUUCUGCAGGGAUAAGUACGGCUGCCACAAACAGAAGAGGACGCAGAUGAAGAGUAUAUAGAUGCAAACAUAUUGCACUUUAAGACCGACAAGCUGAAGUGGUUAAUUUGCCGUUAGUGUGAGUUAAGAUGGUGAAACGAGGUUAGGGAAGAUGUCGUAAUCCCAUUUAAACCAUAGCACUCUUUGUCUAUUCAUCCAUUGCACAUGACUUGUAGAUGUUUGAACAAUCCAGGAGUGGUUCUUAAAGGUGUAUUUUUGUUGACCUGAAUGUAUCCUUGAAUAAAAGAAUAUUCUAAUUGUAAUGUAAAUACCA